UGCACAUAAAGAACGCCUGGUAAAUGGCAGUAAUAAGCGUUUUCCUGUUGGGCAAUAAUAAGAACCGAACACCUCGCUUUCUGAAAUUCCGAAAACGUUGAUAUUCUGCCGAGGUCCGCAGGAAUAAAAUGAGCAUUUCAAUCGAUGUAAAAGAUAAACAAGAUCUCAAUAAACUGCAUUGAUAUCCAAAAAAGGGAGAGAAGAACAAAGCUUACCACAGUAGCACAGUUCUUCCACCCAGGCAAGUGACAGCUGAGUCAAACCACAUCAGAUCCGGAGAGCACCGUAAUGUUUCAUCGUUUCAUAUGCCGUUGUUUCGUCAUGUUAUUCGGAGUACCGUUGUCUCUUUUGGGAUAUAAUGAUGGGAUGUCUUCUCCAAGAGGAACGAAAAGUGCUAAACAAGAUUGGGGCCCUUCUGACCAAACAGCUGAACAAGGCUAUUUUCUUAAAGAGGAGUUCCAUUAUCUGGACGUUACUCAGGUCGGAAAGUUGACGAUAUUCGACAUGUUUCAUUGCACCCUGGCGUGCCUCAGAAAUAAUUUGUGCCUCUCUUUAAACAUGGCCACCUCUCAUGGAACAGACGGAAAACUUUGGUGCGAAUUGUUGUCUUCUGAUAAGAACAGAAACGCUGGGAACUACCACAAAAACACGAGUUCGCAUCAUUUUUCCAUUCUGCGGUCUCCCUGUUCUUCAUCGCCGUGUCAAAACGGAGGAACCUGCAUCCCGAAUUUCAGCUCCAACACUUUUGAUUGUCUUUGUAAAGAAAGUUUCGUCGGAGAAUUCUGCGAAAAAGCUGUACAAUCAUGCAAGGAAGUGUAUGAAGCAAACAAGUAA